AUGCCCUACGAAGUGUCACUUGUUAGCCUCAGCAUCAGCGUUACACGAGUAUUAGUUGAGGGACUAGAGACCAUUCCAGCUGCAGCGACUACAACCACCCCGGACGCUACUGGGAAUGGCGGCAGCGUUGGCGGUGUUGUGGGCAUUGGCGGCGCAGCGGGUGCGGUGGGUGGGAGCGUUGGCGGUGAUAAUAACACCGAAUCGGAUCCCUAUGCCGGCUUAAUGAAGGACGCAGAUAAAUUGAAACUGAUGUUGCUAGCCUGGAAUUACCAAAACUCAAAUGCGGUACGCAACGGCACAGAGGGACCCGAUUUGGGUGUGGUUGGUGGUUUGUGGGCACAAUACCAGAAUGCGUUGGCACAAACUGCUGCAGCCAAUAACAAAAUGGAUACAUCGUUAUCGCCAGUACCGCGCACAGAUGCCACUUCGCCAAUGGAGGCGCAGGAUGAGACAAAUUCUUCGGGACAGAAGGAAGAGGAUGAGGGCUCUGAAGAUGAUUCGGAUGAUAAGUUGGACGAGAAGUUGGCCACACAUGAUCCCGAGCGGCUAAAGGCGUUCAAUAUGUUCGUGCGCUUGUUUGUGGAUGAGAAUCUCGAUCGCAUUGUUCCCAUUUCUAAGCAACCAAAAGAGAAAAUUCAAGCAAUCAUAGACUCGUGCGCCAGACAAUUUCCCGAAUUUAGCGAUCGCUCACGCAAACGUAUACGAACGUAUCUGAAGUCGUGUCGUCGUAACAAGAAGACACGCGACGGCUGGGAUAAUACGACCCGUCCGACACCCGCGCACUUGACGUCCGUACAGGCUGAGCAGAUACUAGCAAUCGCUUGCGAGAAUGAGUCCAUGAAUGCCAAACGUAUGCGCAUCGGCCUGGAGCCCAUCACACAUGCCAUACCGGCGCCUGGUUCAGCCGUCGCCGCAGCUGCAGCGGCAGCGGCAGCAGCAGCCGCGGCCGCAGUAGCUGCAACCAGUUCGACUGUAUCCGUUGGUGUUGUUGGCAACUCUACCAUGACAUCGGUUUCAGCUAGUGACGCGCUCUCCACUGUCACAACGUCAACGCUGCCGUUUGUUGGCGCUGGCGGUGGUGGCUUUGCACGUUCCACACCUAAUUCCGAUGCCGCCGAACCACUUUCGUUGACACCAGCGGCUGCCGUAGCAGCUGCUGCAGCCGCAGCUGUGGCCGCUUCGACGGCUGGUGCCGGUGGCGGCAGUGGUGGCAUCAAUUCGGCGCGCAGCUCACCGCUGGCACUGAGCUCGAACACAAGCGUGAGUGGCAGCACAAGCGGUAUGGAUAUAAAACCGCUUGCGGCUGCCCUAUCGAACGGUAAUACGCCAACUAACGGCACUGUUAGUUGUCUGGCAGGACUGCCAGCCACAAGUCCACUUUACCGGCCAUCCGACUUUACUUCACCCUCGGCAGCAUCACCUUUCGUGGCUGCUGCUGCUGCGGCAGUAGCCGCUGGUCGCACACCAACUUAUCCCGGCUACUUUCCAGGCGUCGCUGGGCUGGGAAAUGUCGUACCCACGGAUCUCUCCAUGAAACCAUCGUCCACUAGCACGUGCGCCACACUCACCACCGGCCCCACCACCGUCAACACCAACAACAAUAUCGGCGUGAUGGGUGUUGGCGCACCAAAUCUCACCAGCCUUGUCGGCACCGGCGGACUCUCCGUCAACAACAACAAUGCACUUGUCACCGCCACACAGCAACUACAACAGCUGCAGCAACAACAGCAACAGCAGCAGCAGCAACAACAGCAACAACAACAGCAGCAGCAGCAACAACAGCAACAGCAAGCAAUCAUGGCAACUGGUCUGAAUGCCAACCAACUGGGCGGUGGUGGCACGUUGAACGACCCAAAUGCUGUUGCUACAGUACGUCCACCGCCACUGCUGGCGCACAAACUGAGUCCCAACGAAAUAACGGCAGCGCGCCAAGUAAUCUCGGCGUACCGGGAGAGCGCAGCUUUUCUGCUCCGCACCGCCGAUCAGGUGGAACAGUUACUCGUGCAACAGCAAUAA